UGCUGUGUUGCAACAGAUCUCUUGUUUUCGCGGGGGCCACCUGGAUUCCCAAGCCCAUCCUGACCUCAUGGGGUCACCGCUCUGGCUCAGCGGUUGAGUAAGACCUAGCCAGGGUGACAGGGGCUUCUGAGCUGGAGGGGAGCCCAAGGAGAAUAGGCCUGAAUCUGAAGGGGCGUUUCAGGACCCAUUCCAGGCACGGGAACCGUGUGGACAGACCUCCGUCCUGAUGAGCAAAAAUCAGAGGAACCAGUGAUCCGAAAGGGGUCUACGAGUCGGAACAAUGGUAAAUAACAGAUAACGGUCUUUGGAGAUUUGCUUAUGAAAUAAUAGGCGCUUAAUACACCUGAUAAGUGAAAACAAAUUUUCAUCGCUGUUCUAAAUAUUCUGGCGGUUCACAGGUUAAGGAAGUGUUUACAAAUUUACAAAAUGGGCUUUAAGCACCCUUGAAGGAUGACGUUGUGUCCCUGGCCCAUCAAUCAGAGGACCUGUGGCCUUGGGGAGGAGGAGGACCAUCCUAGGAGGGAUGCAGGGAGACAGAGAGCCAGGUGUCGGCUUCUGGUCUGAAAAAUGGUCUCCAGAAGAAGGGAGAUCUUCAAGUCUACCCACAAACAGGCCCAGUCUCCAAAAACAGUCACAUUCUGAGACCUUGAAGAAGAAAUCUUGGUCAAAGAUGUGCUGUGCCUGGAAAACAGAGCAGCAAAGAGCCUUCAGGGACCAGAGGUUCACUCUCUUCAUUCCAAAGGAAGGGAGUCCUGAAGAAGGACGCGUUCUCCAGAUAAUUGACUCUGGCUGUCCCCGCCCCCUCCCAGCCCCACGGGAAACCAUGAAACAGAUGUGGUGGCGUGACCACGUGCAAGCCGGGGGCUUUUCGUGCCAGAAGCAAGUGGCUCUUCAUUCCCCCAGGAAGCUCCUAGCAGCUGCCAUGAAGCCGGACGGGGCUCAGUCACAAAAAGUAAUAUGGUCUUAUAUGCAGAGGAGGGGUAUAGUCAGAGAGGGGCCAGAGUGGGUGGAGGCAGUCAGAAAAGCCUUUCCGGGAGAGGGAAAGCGAGGGCCUGUGGACUUCAAAAGACGCACAGUGGUGCAGCUGAUGGUUAGGGCGUGCAUCCUGGAGCCAGACGCUCUGGGUACGAAGCCUGCCUGUGGUUUGCUGGCUGCCUGACUUUGGAAGACAAGUGAUAUAACCUUCUCGUCCUCAGUUUCCUCUAUAGAGGGAAAUCAACGGCAGUACCAGAUUUGUUUGCUAUUGCUAUUUGUUGGCUAUUACACACCCAGGGGCUUAGAGCAACACCCAUCGGUUCAGUCACCGAGUUCUGUGCCUGAAGUCCAGCCUGGCCGUACCCGUGUUCUCUGCACAGCCUCUGCAAGGCUGACGUUAAGCUGUCCCCCAGGCUGAGCUCUCGUCUGGCGACUCUGGGGAGAAAUCUGCUUCUGAGCUCGUUUUCGCCCCUGGCAGAAUUUGCUUCCUUGUGGUGGCGGGACUGAUGUCCCUGUUUCCCUGCUGGCUGUCGCCUGCGGGCCAAUCUUAAGUCCUCAGUGUCCCUCGCCAGGUGGCCCCCUCCAUCUUCAAAACAGCAGUGGCCCCUCAGAUCCCUAUCAUACUUUGGAUCUCUGAUUCCCUUUUCUUUGGUCAGCCGGAGAAAACUCCCUGCUUUUAAAGGGCUCCUGCGAUUAGGUCAGGUGCACCGGGAUAAUCUGUCUAUCCCAAGGUCAACUCAUCCGGGACCUUAAUUACAUCUGUACAAUUCCUCGACACCAGCACCUAGAUUAACAUUUGGUAGAAUAAUGAGGAGAGGGCGUGUUUGCACCAGGGCUGGGAAUC